AACGGGGGGAGACGCCCGGCUGCCGAGGGCUGAGGGCGGUGGCAGCGCUGGCGCUGGGGACCGGCUCGGUGGCUUCAGGAAACAGUUCGGCGACGGCGGCCACUCGCGUUAGUUCGCAUCCCGUCCUCGGCACGGCUCGCAGCCUGCUUGCCUCCGCCGUCCGGCUAUGUGUCCCACUGGCCGGGCGUAGCAGCUGCGCGUGCGCGGAACCGUGGGGCCAUGAGCGAAGCCGGCGGCUGCCGGGGCUGUGCGUCCCCGGUCCCCCAGCGAGCGCCAUGGAGCCUGGUUGCGGCCACGGCCGCGCUCUGCCUGGUGUCAGCCACGUCCGUGUGGACGGCGGGGGCCGCGCCCAUGAGUCGGGAAGAGAAACAGAAGCUUGGGAUUCAAGUACUGGAAAUGUUUGAUCAUGCUUAUGGUAACUAUAUGGAACAUGCUUACCCCGCUGAUGAACUCAUGCCUUUAACCUGCAGAGGUCGCGUUAGAGGCCAGGAACCAAGUCGGGGAGAUGUUGAUGAUGCCUUGGGAAAAUUUUCCUUGACACUGAUUGAUUCCUUGGACACUCUUGUGGUAUUAAAUAAAACUAAAGAAUUUGAAGAUGCAGUGAGAAAAGUUUUAAGAGAUGUUAAUUUAGAUAAUGAUGUAGUUGUAUCAGUCUUUGAAACAAACAUCAGAGUUCUUGGGGGUCUUUUGGGUGGACACUCAUUGGCAAUCAUGCUGAAAGAAAAAGGCGAGUACAUGCAGUGGUACAAUGAUGAACUUCUCCAAAUGGCAAAGCAAUUGGGUUACAAACUUUUACCAGCUUUCAAUACUACCAGUGGCCUUCCUUACCCAAGAAUUAAUUUAAAGUUUGGUAUCAGAAAACCAGAAGCUCGGACAGGAACGGAGACAGAUACCUGUACAGCUUGUGCAGGUACCUUGAUCCUUGAGUUUGCUGCUUUAAGUCGAUUCACAGGAGCAACAAUAUUUGAGGAAUAUGCAAGAAAAGCUCUUGAUUUUCUCUGGGAAAAAAGACAGCGAAGUAGCAAUUUAGUGGGCGUGACUAUAAAUAUUCAUACUGGAGAUUGGGUACGAAAAGAUAGUGGAGUUGGAGCAGGGAUUGAUUCAUAUUAUGAAUAUCUAUUGAAAGCCUAUGUUUUGCUUGGAGAUGACAGUUUUCUGGAAAGAUUUAAUACACACUACGAUGCCAUAAUGAGGUACAUCAGCCAGCCACCUCUUCUGCUUGAUGUGCACAUCCACAAGCCCAUGCUGAAUGCUCGGACUUGGAUGGAUGCUUUGCUUGCCUUUUUUCCAGGUUUGCAGGUCUUAAAGGGGGAUAUUAGACCUGCUAUUGAAACACAUGAAAUGUUGUAUCAGGUGAUUAAAAAACAUAAUUUUCUACCAGAGGCAUUUACCACAGAUUUCAGGGUACAUUGGGCUCAACAUCCUUUAAGGCCAGAAUUUGCAGAAAGUACCUACUUCUUGUAUAAAGCUACAGGAGAUCCCUACUACCUUGAAGUAGGGAAAACACUUAUUGAAAAUUUAAAUAAAUAUGCUAGAGUGCCUUGCGGAUUUGCUGCCAUGAAGGAUGUUCGCACUGGGAGUCAUGAGGACAGAAUGGAUUCUUUCUUCCUGGCUGAGAUGUUUAAAUAUCUCUACCUGUUAUUUGCGGAUAAAGAAGAUAUUAUUUUUGAUAUAGAAGAUUACAUCUUCACAACAGAAGCUCAUCUGUUACCACUCUGGCUCUCUACUACAAAUCAAAGCAUCUCUAAGAAGAACACAACUACAGAAUAUAUAGAACUGGAUGACAGUAAUUUUGACUGGACUUGUCCAAAUACUCAGAUUCUCUUCCCUAAUGACCCACUGUAUGCUCAGAGCAUUCGUGAACCCUUGAAAAAUGUGGUGGAUAAGAGCUGUCCUAGAGGCAUCAUCAGAGUAGAGGAGAGUUUCAGGAGUGGAGCCAAACCCCCUUUGAGAGCCAGAGAUUUCAUGGCCACCAACCCUGAACACUUAGAAAUCUUGAAGAAGAUGGGGGUGAGUUUGAUUCACCUCAAAGAUGGGAGAGUCCAGUUGGUUCAACAUGCAAUCCAAGCUGCUAGCUCUAUUGACGCUGAAGAUGGGUUGAGGUUCAUGCAGGAGAUGAUUGAAUUGUCAAGUCAGCAGCAAAAAGAACAGCAACUACCUCCACGAGCUGUACAAAUUGUUUCCCACCCAUUUUUUGGCAGAGUAGUAUUGACUGCUGGGCCAGCUCAGUUUGGCCUCGAUCUGUCUAAACAUAAAGAGACAAGAGGAUUUGUUGCAAGCAGUAAACCAUACAAUGGUUGUUCAGAGCUUACUAACCCCGAGGCAGUGAUGGGAAAAAUUGCUUUAAUACAAAGAGGACAGUGCAUGUUUGCAGAAAAGGCACGCAACAUCCAGAAUGCUGGGGCCAUCGGGGGCAUUGUUAUUGAUGACAAUGAGGGGAGCAGCAGUGAUACUGCCCCUCUGUUCCAGAUGGCGGGUGACGGGAAGGACACAGAUGACAUCAAGAUCCCCAUGCUAUUCUUAUUCAGUAAAGAAGGCAGUAUCAUACUGGACGCCAUCCGGGAAUAUGAGGAGGUGGAAGUGCUCCUAUCUGACAAAGCAAAAGAUCGAGCAGCAAUAUUAAAAGGUAAAAUGAUUCCAAGCUACAUUAUUAAUAGUAAUCCUGAAAUGGAAAAUGAAGAACAGCCAUCCUCUGAAACUGAUUCUCAGGAUCAGAGUACUGAACAGAUUACAUCAAAUUCUCAGGAGGUUGAUUUGGUUGACCAAGAGUCUUCUGAGGAGAGUUCUCUACACUCUCACCCAGAAUCAUUAUCUCCAACAGAUACAGACAAUGCUGCAAGCAUUUCUCCUUCCGAACAGAAUUCUGAUCCUUUAGAAAACUACGAGACUCUGAGUCUUGAUGGUGAAUGUACAGAUUUAGAUAACCAACUUCAAGAACAAUCAGAAACUGAGGAAGAUUCUAAUCCUAAUGUUAGCUGGGGUAAAAAGGUCCAGCCUAUAGACUCCAUAUUAGCAGACUGGAAUGAAGAUAUAGAAGCAUUUGAAAUGAUGGACAAGGAUGAACUAUGACUCACUAAAGACUGGUGGUAGGUAUUUAAAAAGAAAAAGUAAACAGAGGAUAAUAGACACCUUAAUACUAAGCAGGCUCUCCAGUGGGAGGCUUUAAGUGUGGUGAUGAGCAACCACGUUCUGACUGGGAUGGUUAGGUGUCAGAAGAAUCAUGAGCAUGCCAUGUUCGAAUUGACCUUGUUUAAAACUGUCCCAUCAAAAAUGGACACUUGCAAUUCCCCCCUCAAAUGACAAUAUUAUACCACCCUGCAGCACCUCAGUCUAGGAAGAUGACUGGGCAUUCCUAGGAGCCAGAUUUCUGCAGUUUCUGGGUAGACAAGAAGCAAAUCCACUUAAGAGUGGGGUGGGGGAAUAGGAAUCUGUACAGAUUUCUAAUUAAAGAAAGCUCAGCUUUCUUGGUUUCGGGGCUAGAGGCUCUUCUGGGAAACAGAUGAGUACUGUGUUCUAGUUACGCUGCCUCCACAGAAUCACUCAGAGUGACCUAAGUGGUCGGGAAGCAAAUGCAUUCGUGGGGAAAACAGGCUUGGCUCAUCACUUUCACUUGCUUCAUCGUGUUAUAAAUGAUGGAGAUGACUUGAGUUUUCCCUCUUAAUAAUGUCCUUUUCAUUUAAACCAAAGGUGAAGCCAGUGUACUUUCUUAGUGAGUUCUCUGCAUAAAGACUAAUCAUUGGGACCAGGUAAAAAGGUCAUAUAAUACAUUUUGGAAAUUGGCUACUUAAUGCUUUUGAAAAAUGGAACAAGGAGAAACUAUAAAGUUGCAAUAUGAAUUUGCCAUUGGGCCUUCCAUAGGGGAAGCUGUGACUACUCUGAAAUGGAACUUAACCUUAUGUCCUUUUGGAAUAAAUUAUAAAUCUUUUCAGUUCAUUUCUCUUGGUGGUUACCGUUAGCCAUCAGCCUUACUCCAUCCCAUGUUUUGUAUGCAGUUUGAGCCACAAGGCCCAUAUCGCCAAUAGCCAAAUACAUUCUGUUCCAUUUUUCUAUCUUAGGGAGCCAUGAUAAAACUGUGGUAGUAAUCUAAAAAUCCUGGGGUAACUACUGUUUUCUCCUCUGAAACUGGUUAUUUAAAGUUGCACCUAAGGAGUCUGUCAUAUUUUCUGUUGAAUCAUGGUUGUAAAGUUUGCUUCUCUCUUUUUAUUUUAAACAAAUAUUCCUUCUGAUAAUGGACUUGAAAAUUAUUUUAUGGUAAGCUGUGUAACAGCUUACACAGUAGCAACUUAACAUACAGCCAUACAGCUUAAUGAGAAUUUUUUCCUUUUUUUAAAUUUUUUUUUAUGGCAGUCUGGUGCUGGCCACGUUAAGUUUUAAAAAUCUUGCCGUUGAUAUCUGUAAACAGCCUUGUAGUUGAAAUCAUGGAUUUACUCAUUUUAUUUAUUUUCUUAAACUUUUAAAUUGGUUCUAAAGGAGUAUUUGUGAAACUUAAUUUCCUUUCUCUUUACCAUGACAUUACAGAAUAACCUUUACUUAAAACAGUUUUGAGGUACUGAUGAACUUAAACUGUAUAUGGAGCUGUUAACAGAACAGCAGUGCUGUAUUGUAGUUAUGUAUAUUCAUGUACAGUAUGUCUUAGAUCCCAGGGAAAUAUAUUCUUUUAUAAAGGGAUAAAUAGAUGCUUUCAAAAAUUCCAGCUAAACUUAAUUGGGUCAGUGAGUAAUAAAUCUUUUAGAGAAUUCACAUUGUGGGGUUGGGGAAGUAGUGUAUACAAGAACUUUUUUGGCUCUGAAUUAAACUGUCACCAGAAUGGAUAUUUUUAGUCUCUCUGCAUGUGCAAUUUGGUGUAAGGAGAUAGAACUAUAAUAUAUAGUAAAUGGAAGGAUAGACAUAGUGCUUUGUUCUUCUUCAUUGCAAAGCUGCCAAAAUAGCUGAAGCUUAAUUACUUUACUUGCCUUGAUUUAUAGGACUGGAGCAUGGAGAAAAGGAGCAGAUGUUCCUCUAAGACUUUGAUUACAGAAGCCUUAUAUACACUGAUUUGAUUUUGUAUUUGUAGCUAAGAGCCAUUGUUGUCUAAGUCUAACUUUUCUAAGUUAUCAAAACAUUUUUUUCCAAGAUCUUGUAGCAUACAAAGAAAAGCCGGCUUACUGCCACUCACUCUUCCUUUGGCCAUUAGAGGGAGCUGUUGCCAUUCAUUGAGGUCUAGAAGCAAAUUGUUCACUUGUUUAGAAAGUGAAUCCUUAAAAAAAAAUCUUUACUAAACCCAGAAUUAUAUCGAUUUUUCCCUAGUUAGGAAGGUAAAAUGCUCAACUUCAAAACUCCAACAUUGCCAUUAAUUCUGCAUUCUUAUCUGACAUACUGCACAACGUUGUAAGCUCAUUAAAAAAUUCCAACAGCAUUAGGUUUUUUUUUUAUGUUUUGUUUUUAAAAUAACUUUAUAUAGACAUUUUAUUUACUUCCUAAAGAUUCAGGGGAUUCUAUAAGACCCUGAAUUUUAGAAACAUCUGGUCUACCUCAGUUUUAUGUUGACUAUAUAGAAAUAGAGCUGAAGUGAUCACCACAGCCAUAAAAUUGUGUGACUAAGAAGGACUUAUACAAUGUUUACAAACCUGGAAUCAAGUAAGGAUUUUUUCUGAAAAUUAAAAGUAGAUAUUAGAGCAAAUAUUUAAUUCAGGUGUUUUCACAUUUUAAAACUUGUUUACCUACUAAAAAUAGCUGUAGUUUUUUCUGCUUGUGAAAGUCCACUGAAAUGAUAUACCCUAAUUUGCAAUACUUUUCCCAUCAAGUUUAGGUGUGAAAGAGUUGUAAUUUACUGGAUAUGUUUGGGGUGGGAUAUUAUGUUGAAUAGGUUUUAUUUUUUUCUUUUUAACCUUUAGUAGGCUUCCAACAAGAACACAAUUGUUGUUUCAGAACAAAUUACUUUUUGACAUUAAACCUUUUCCUUUUUCUUCACAGUAUUAGAGAGUAAAAUGAAAAAAUGUGCACUCUCUAAUUUAACUUAUCUAUAUAAUUACUCUGUCGAUUUUUUUUUUAAAUUAACAUCACACAGCCCUUUUCUAGUAAAACCAGCAUUUGGUCUCUCACCAAACCCCAUGCCAAAUUCAUCAUAAGGAAAGCUCAGCGUAAGUAAUUCAAAUAGUGCUUACAAUUUUUUGGGUGGGUGGGGGUAGAUAUUCCAAUGGGUCGUUUAAUGCACAAGGCUUCAGUCAGAACAUAGAAAAAAAAAAAACAUUCUGUGAAUGAAAUAUUGUAUGUUCAGAUUUUAUAAAAGACAUUUUUAAAAGCCCAAUUUACAGCCGUAUAUUUUCUUAUGAUGUAAUUUAUGAAAAAGAUGUCUGUACUAACAGGUGCUGUAACACUACUGUUGUUGGAUUUUAUUGUUUGGUGAUAAAUGUAUACAAUAUUUCUAAGGGAAACUAUGUACUGUGAUGUAAAAGUCUGGGCAAAAUGUAUAUAAUUCUUGUAUAUAAUUAUGUAUUUGAUUAUAAUUACUGAUUGUAAAGAUUUAAUAAAAUAUGUAAAUAUUC